AUGGGGUCUGCAUCAAAGAGGUCGAAAAAAUCACAAGAAACUGAGAGUGAGUCUGAAGAUUUUGAAGACAUGCACGAUUUGGAAGUUUCGACUGAGGAAGAGGAAUACUUCAGCGUCGAAGAUGGCAAUUCAGGAGAUGAUGAAGAAGUAGAGGAGGAUGAGGAGGAUGAGGAGGAGGAUGAAGUAGACGAGGAAGAUGGAGAGGAGGAGGACGGAGAUUGGAGUGACGAAGAAGAAGCAGGUGGUGUGCAAAAUGAUGACCAAAAAGAUGCAGAGAUGGAGGAACUUGAGAAAGAAUAUAUGCAUCUUCGUCACCAGGAGCAAGACAUUUUGAAGAAUUUGAAGCAACAUAAGGAUGAAGAUCUUCUUAAAGGCCAAGCAGUGAAGAAUCAAAGGGCUUUAUGGGACAAAAGUCUUGAGCUUAGAUUUUUGCUUCAAAAGGCAUUCUCCAACUCAAAUAGAUUGCCAAAGGAGCCAGUUAAGUCUUCAUUCUGUAAAUUAGAUAAGGAUGUUGAGGUGGCAUAUUCAGAUUUGAUCACAUCGUCAAAGAAUACUUUAAAUUCUUUAUUGGAACUACAAGAGGCUUUACUUGAAAAUAAUAAGCAUAUCGUCCAAGCUACCGAUGGCCAUCCUGGAGUAUUGGCUAAUCGUUUGGAGUCUUCCAAAACCGUAGAUGCUCAAAAUGAUAAUGAUGAAGAUUGGUCCCAAGUUGCUCAGAUGCAUCAAAGGAUAGGAGCUUUCAGAGACAAGUCAAUUGACAAAUGGCAUAGGAAAACACAAGUUACAACAGGUGCUGCAGCUAUUAAAGGAAAAUUGCAGGCCUUUAAUCAGAAUAUUAGUGAACAAGUAGCUUCAUAUAUGAGAGAUCCAAGUAGGAUGCUUAAUCAGAUGCAGCUAAGGAGAUCAACUGUGCAUGUAUUUGGGACGGUUCUUACCGAAGCCGAGAGCAAGGAGCAGGAAGCACAAGCUGAAGGAGGAGAUCCUGAACUUCUGGAGGACUCUGAAUUCUAUCAGCAAUUAUUGAAGGAAUUCUUUGAGACGAUUGAUCCAAAUUCAUCUGAGACGGCGUUUUAUGCAUUGAAAAAGAUGCAAACGAAGAAGAGAAAGAUAGUCGAUCGGCGAGCCUCGAAGAGUCGUAAGAUAAGAUACAAUAUCCACGAAAAGAUAGUGAACUUCAUGGCUCCUAUGCCUGUGGAUCUUCACCAAGCCACUCCCAAACUAGUCAACAACAUUUUUGGUUUGAAACAACACAAGUCGGCUACUACCACUGCUGUUUAGCGCAUCUGUUCCGCCCUACAUUUUUGUACUUUUUUCAUUUUACUUUUUUAUUCAGCUCCUUAGUUCUUUACACUACAAUUACGAAGUUCAUGAGUAUGUUAUAAACGUUUUCGUUCGAGUUAGAAAGUUUUGUUCACCUCUAAUCUAAUGCGUGGAAAUAACAAUAUUAUACAUCUUUGUCUA